AUGAGGUAUACGUUUGACAAGGAAAAACUCUUCAUCAACACCUUCCAGCCUUUGAAACACAAACCGUUUUAUGGUGUUCCUUGUGGUGGAAUUGGUUGUGGUGCUAUGGGACGCGAUUUUCGUGGUGGCUUUUGCAAAUUUAGUUUGCGACCAGGUCUCGUGGAGCACAAAGUUGAUGUUAUUCCGGCCAAUCAAUUCAUUCUGUCGGUGCGUCGUGACAAUCGUUGCAUAUAUCAAAAAGUGCUGUCUGCAGCUGAUAUAGUUCUCUCGGGUCAACAAUUGAGUGCAUGGGACUUUUCGUUUCCGAAGAAGGACGUUCAUUACAGGUCAGUUGUAGUCAACGCUGAUUUCUAG